AUGGGCGCAGGGGGCCCCCGAGGCCCCGGGGGCCCCCCGGGGCCCCCUGAGUGGCCCCCGGAAGAGGACCCUUUCAACGUGGCCGUCAUCCUGGGGGCCCCUGGGUCUUCAUGGUCUCUGGGGGCCCCCUUAGGCCCCUUUUGGGGAAAAAAGGAGCUUCUGCUGCAGCUGCAGGGGGGCAAAGGGGAGAAAACGAGAAAGCAGCAGCAGCCGAAGGCAGUUUGUUAUCAACCUUACGGAAGCAGCAGCAGCAGCGGCGGCAGCAGCAGCAGCAGCAGCGGCAGCAGCAGCAGCAACGGCAGCAUCAGCAGCAAAAGCGUUUGCACCUGCUGCAGCACAGCUUCGACAACUCACCAGAGCAAGCGGCUCAAGAAGCCCUUAGAACGGACACCGUUGCCAGCAGCAGCAGCAGCAGCAGCCGCAGCAGCAGCCGCAGCAGUAGCCGCAGGAGCAGCCGCAGCAGCAGCAACAACAGCCGCAGCAGCAACAGCAGCAACAACAACAACAGCAUCUGCCGCAGCAGCAGCAGAAACCGCAGCAGCAGCAGCAGCAGGAGCAGCCGCAGCAGCAGCAGCAGCAGCAGCAGCAGCAACCGCCGCAGCAUCAUUGGCAGCAACUCUACUCUGUCAAACGGGGGCCACGUCACAUACUUGGCUUGUGGGGCCCUCUAGAGGCAUCAGCCCUUCAGGACUCCUGGUUUGUAGAUCUGGGAAGCAGCAGCAGCAGCAGCAGGAGCAACAGCAGCAGCAACAGCAACAGCAACAGGGAACACUGCAGCGCGAGCUACUUCAGCAGCAGCUGCUGCUGAUGCUGCUGCGCGCCGCGCUGCUAUCGCCGUCUCCUCAGCCGCAAAGGCGACGCCGGAAGCAGCAGCAGCAGCAGCAGCGGAAGCAGCAACGGGAGCAGCAGCAGCAGCGCCACUGGCAUUACACAGAUAAAUACUAG